AGGUUUCUGAUGAAGAUGUUUACAUGUUUAAAACUUUUAUAGACUUAUAAUCUGAAAUGAUACAUUGAUAAGUGGGUUAGUCAAGACAUAUUUUUUCCCUACUUGAUUAUGGAAGUGGCACAGGAGCCAAAUGAGCCAGAUCCAAAUGAUGUCUUUCGAGUUCUUGUGGCUACUGAUAAUCACCUGGGAUAUGCUGAGAAAGAUUCUGCCAAAGGAGAGGAUAGCUUCCAGACUUUUGAAGAAAUCCUGAAGCUGGCUGUGAACAAUGAAGUGGACUUUUUGCUUCUGGGUGGAGACUUAUUCCAUGAGAACAAACCCUCUCGAUAUGCAAGAAUGAAAUGUCUGGAACUUCUACGAAAAUACUGCAUGGGAAACAGGCCCAUCCACAUCCAGUUCAUGAGUGACCCUUCAAUGAACUUCACAUCUUCUUGGAAUCCAGUUGUGAAUUAUGAAGAUCCAAACCUCAACAUUUCUCUUCCUGUGUUCUCUAUUCAUGGGAACCAUGAUGACCCAGGAGGGAAGAACCAAUACAGUGCAAUGGAUGAACUCUCUGCUGCUGGUCUUGUCAAUUACUUUGGAAAGAUACUGGAUCUCACUGAAAUUGAGUUGACUCCAAUACUGCUGAGGAAAGGGAAGUCUCUCCUAGGAAUAUAUGGCCUCAGUGCUGUCAAGGAUGAGCGUCUCUUCCGACUCUUUCGGGAGGGAAAGGUGCAAUUCAAGCGACCACGCUUGAAGACAGAUGAAUGGUUCAACAUCCUUGUUCUUCAUCAGAAUAGAGCAAAGCAUGGGCCUAAGAAUUAUCUGCCUGAAACAUUCCUCCCUGGUUUUCUUGACCUGGUCAUUUGGGGACAUGAACACGAGUGCAUCCCACAGCCAACAUUCACAGCUAAUAAAACAUUCAUAUUGCAACCAGGUAGCUCAGUGGUGACCUCACUCUGUGAAGGGGAAGCCAGGCCCAAGCAUAUCAAUCUACUCCAAAUUCAUGCCAGACGGUUCAAAUGUGACCAGAUCCCACUUGAAACAGUGAGACCUUUCAUCAUGGAGGAUUUCAUAUUGUCAGAGUGUGAUGAGCUUCAAGAUGUGGCAGAAAACAUUGAAGAAAUGGUUGAGAUGAAAGUGGAGGAGAAAAUUCAUGAAAUGAUUGAGAAGUCUCAAGAACUACUUACUAGAAAUGAGCGUCAACCAAAGGUGCCAUUGAUACGACUCCGGGUGACAUAUGAUAAUCAUUUCCAACCCUUCCAUACCAUUCGAUUUGGCCAGAGAUACCAAGGAAAGGUUGCCAAUCCAGAGGACAUGAUCAUUUUUAAGAAACAUAUCAAGAACCAGCCAAAGGAAGACCUGGACUUUGAGGCUAUGGAUGAACUCUUUGACAUGGAUCCAGAGGAGUUAAGCAAUGUGCGUGUGGAGAACAUGGUGGAAGUAUAUUUUGCUGAGAAUGAAGACCCAAAGAACAAGCUCCAUCUUCUCACUGAAAGGGGAAUGUCAGAAGCUGUUCUUCGUUUUGUCGAGAAAGAUGACAGGGAUGCCAUUACUGUCCUCACUAAACAUCAGCUGAAGAAAACCCUGGACUUUCUGGCAAAAGAAAACAAGAAUGAAGGUGAAGUGGAAGAAGACAUACUUUGCUAUCGGCAGGCAAGAGCCUCCAGCAAACAGGAUGUUGAUGAAGUGAGGACAACCUUAGAUGACAAGUCCCGUCAGCCUGCCCACAGAGAUCAAUCAGUGGAAAGUGAGGGAGAAGGGAAUGACAUUCAAUCAGAUGACGAGGUUGAAGUGGAGGAAAGCCCUCCAGCACGAGGGCGAGGCAGAGGAAGGGGCAGGGGACGUGCCAAAGCUAGUUAUGCUUCCCCCAGCAAGAACUCAUCCCGAGGGAGAGGGAUGAGGAGUGCACAGGCCAGGCAAACAGGAGCUGCUCAACUCAAUGUCUCCACUCGGCCAUCAACCAGUAGCCAGAGACAGAUGUCUUUGCAUGAUUCCUUUGCUGCCUCAUCACGCAGCAGGAAACAAGAGGCAGCCACCAAGAAACCAAAGGGGAUCCAUUACUUAGAUGAUGAUGAUGUAGCAUGCGGAAACACCCGAUCCCUUGACCAAUUGAAGGGGCUGUGGAACAGAUUGAAGGUCAAGGCUACUCAAGAUCGCGAUCAGCAGCGCAAAGAGGCGAAGAAGACGGGCGGAGGAGAGAAGCCACCUGAAAUGGAUGAGUUGAGCAAUUAUAUCAACGGAGUUGUGCUCCCUCCUCAUGCCAAAAGUCCGCUUCACAAUCCGUUUGAUUCGGACAGCGAAGGCAACCUCUGGAAGUUCGAACAGAGGUUAGCGCAGACAUCAAGAGAAAAUCUUGAUCCAGAACAAAGUCUGCCAAAGGCAAGAAAGAGAAAAGCUGAUUUCGAUGAUCAUCUGCUGGAAAUGGUCCAAAAGGAACAUUACAUCAAGAUGCGAAUCUUCCAAAUGAAAGAAUGGAAAUUAAAGCACGAGUGUGAACAGAUGGGGAUUGGGUUACCUCCACAGUUGACGGAAAGAGUGACGUAUUUUGACCUCGGCGUGGACGGUUGGGUGUGCGAGUGCGAAGGGGAGAGACGGAGAGCUGCGUUCGGAUUAGGAGCACUUUUGAGGGAGCGGAUGGAUUCGGAGGCUAAGGAUGCAGGUUUGGAGUUGGCAUGGGAAGAAGAGUUGGAGGGACUGGUGAAUUGCUACCGUGCAGAGAGGAAUUUGCAGGCGUGGACAGUUGGACCCUCGAGGCUUACUUGGCUCGCACACUCGACGGUGCACCAGCGACUCCGUCAGACCAACGUCCUCCAACGGUUCCCGCGACGGACUCCCAUCUUCGAUUCUGGAGACGGACGAGUGCAUCCCACUGUCAGUCGAACGACAGCCCUCGCCCGAUCGCCAACGCCCACAGGCGGGUCCAAAGACAAGUGGGACGGAGAACUAGUGCUGACGAGGUUACGUCAGCGCGGGAGGCUCUCCUCCCUUAAGUUCAUUGCAUCAUACGGAGCAGGUCUCGAGGAGGAUCUACACAAGUACAUAUACAAGGUGUGA